AUGGGGAACAGAGACGACGAAUAUGACUUCUUGUUCAAAGUUGUCCUCAUCGGGGACUCGGGCGUCGGGAAGAGUAACCUGCUGUCCCGUUUCACAAGAAAUGAGUUCAACCUGGAGAGCAAGAGCACCAUAGGGGUGGAGUUUGCCACCCGCAGCAUCCAGGUGGACGGGAAGACGAUCAAAGCCCAGAUCUGGGACACAGCUGGACAGGAGCGCUACAGAGCCAUCACCUCAGCGUAUUAUCGGGGUGCGGUCGGGGCUCUUCUAGUUUACGACAUCGCCAAACACCUGACUUACGAGAACGUGGAGCGCUGGCUGAAGGAGCUGCGGGACCACGCCGACAACAACAUCGUCAUCAUGCUGGUCGGGAACAAGAGCGACCUCCGCCACCUCCGGGCGGUGCCCACCGACGAGGCCCGGGCCUUCGCUGAAAAGAACACCCUGUCAUUCAUCGAGACGUCAGCGUUGGACUCCACAAAUGUAGAAGAGGCGUUCAAGAACAUUUUAACAGAAAUCUACAGGAUCGUGUCACAGAAGCAGAUAGCCGACAGAUCUGCGCACGACGAGUCUCCGGGCAACAACGUGGUGGACAUCAGCGUCCCGCCGACCACCGACGGCCAGAAGGGCAACAAGCUGCAGUGCUGCCAGAGCCUGUGACCGAGCCCGGCGUCCAUCCUGUCCACAUUCACCCCGCAUCACGCCACCUGUGCACUUUUUCUCUCUCUAGCUCAGCUCACGGCCAACUCCCACAUCACUUAACCCUCCUUUCUUUUUUCUCUCCCCCCCUUCAUCUUUUUGUUUAUGUGUGUACUUUCGAAGUCACUCGCGCUCUUCUCUCCCGCCACGAGAACAGCAUCCAGAAGCCUUCAUGUCCCUCGGUCAUUCGAGUUGUUUGUGGAGUCGUUGUGAAGUCCCUGCAGUGCAGGCGCGAGGCGGUCUUUGCCGUCUCAGUGAAGCUUGUGAAGUCGUUUGAACUCAGAUGAAGCCGUCAGGGAGGGGUCGCGGAUGCAUUUCACUGGCUGCCACUAGAUGGCGCCGUGAAAAGGAACCACAGACGGUUGCUCCGAACUGGUGAAGCAGUAUUAUGCCUUUGACAGAGCGGUCGGUUCUUACUUUCAUCAUCUAUCAUGCCAAAAAAAUAUCCUCAUGAAGUAUUUAUUGAACAAUAGUGGCUUCAGUUGUAAUUGUUUGACUUUCAGUUUAAGAAACAUGAAAAUUUCCAAUAAAAUUCUUGACUAAA